AUUGCAUCCCAAUUCCCGUCCGUCCUGUCCUUCCUCUGUUCCCGGCAUCGUCUCCGCCUGGUAAUUGAGGUUCUUCCUCCGUCCUGCCGUCUCUCAUCUUCGUCCUCUUUCUUCGCCUUUAUUCCUCCCUUCUGACGCGCUGAACCUGCUAGCGCCUCUCAUUCAGAAGAGCCUCUUUGUCCCGACAGCUUCUCCGCGGCUUUUCCCCCGUCAACACCACAACCUCCAGCCAUGUCUCACGAGGAAGAUCUCAUCGACUACUCCGACGAGGAGAUUGGCGCCAACGAGACCGCCGCCGCCUCCAACGGCAAGAAGGGAGAGACCACUGCCGCCACCAAUGUCGACAAGAAGGGCAGCUACGUGGGCAUCCACUCCACGGGAUUCCGCGACUUCUUGCUGAAGCCCGAGCUUCUGCGCGCUAUCGGCGACUGCGGUUUCGAGCAUCCUUCGGAGGCAAGCCAAACCUGCAUCCCCCAAGCCCUUCUGGGCGGAGACAUUAUCUGCCAGGCCAAGUCUGGUCUGGGAAAGACUGCCGUCUUUGUCCUGGCCACGCUUCAGCAGGUCGAGCCCGUCAAUGGCGAGGUCUCCGUUGUCGUCAUGUGCCACACUCGUGAGCUGGCCUACCAGAUUCGAGACGAGUACAACCGAUUCAGCAAGUACAUGCCCGACAUCAAGACGGGCGUCUUCUAUGGUGGCACCCCCAUCAAGAACGACGUUGAGACUCUCAAGAACAAGGACACUUGCCCUCACAUCAUUGUCGGCACUCCUGGCCGCCUCAAGGCCCUCGUCCGUGACAAGGCCCUCCGUCUUGGAAGCGUUCGCAUCUUCGUCCUUGACGAGUGCGACAAGAUGCUCGACCAGCCUGACAUGCGUACCGACGUGCAGGAUGUGUUCCGCGCUACCCCUCAGCAGAAGCAGGUCAUGAUGUUCUCGGCCACCCUGUCCGACGCCAUCAAGCCCAUCUGCCGCAAGUUCAUGCAGAACCCCACGGAGCACUACGUCGAUGAAGACACCAAGCUCACUCUGCACGGCCUGCAGCAGUACUACAUCAAGCUUGAGGAGCGCGAGAAGAACAGGAAGCUGAACGAGCUUCUCGACGAUCUCCAGUUCAACCAGGUCAUCAUCUUCGUCAAGAGCACCGUUCGCGCUACCGAGCUGGACAAGCUCCUCCGCGAGUGCAACUUCCCCUCCAUCGCCGUCCACUCUGGAGUCAGCCAGGAGGAGCGUAUUCGCCGCUACAAGGAGUUCAAGGAGUUCAAGAAGCGCAUCUGCGUUGCCACUGACGUGUUCGGUCGUGGUAUCGAUAUCGAGCGUAUCAACUUGGCCAUCAACUACGACUUGCCCGGCGACGCCAACUCCUACCUCCACCGUGUCGGCCGUGCUGGUCGAUUCGGUACCAAGGGCCUGGCCAUUUCCUUUGUGAGCACCGAGCAGGACCAGGAGGUCCUUAAGGAGAUUGAGAAGCGAUUCGAAGUCGCUCUUCCCGAGUUCCCCAAGGAGGGUGUUGAUGCCAGCACUUACAUGGCGUCUUAGAGGACGGCCCUCGACGUGACUCCAAUGCCUCGUGUAUGUGCUAGAAUUGUGCGUGUCAAGGCUUGACAGGAGCAUGUGGGAGAAGAGGUCUUUGGCCUUUGCCGUCGGAUUGAGAAAAACUUGGGGGAGUAGCCGAGCUUGCUUAUACUAUUACGUAGCUUAUUUUAUCGGGAGCACAAGGGAAUGGUAGGCUGAAACGCCGUGGUUCACAAGGUCAAUGAAAUGAAUGGAUUUGCACAACGUUUGGAUUUGC